CCCCAACCGCGGACGGUGGCCGGAAAAAGCUGCUGGUUAUGGUCCAUAGGGAAUAGUAUACCUUUGCUUCUCUUCCAAAUUUACUCCCAAAAAAGCAUUAUCCAUUUCCAAACAUCGAUACAACCAAAUCAUAUACAUAUAUACAUACUCUCUUAAUCACAGACGCAUACCUGAUCGGUCAUUAAUCCAUGGCGGAAGUAGAGGUGGUGGAAGCGCUUUUGUUCGGUGAUCAUGAAGCGAAGAUCGCCGCCGCAGAGGCCGUUAUUCAUCUCACAAACAAACAGAGACACAAAUUGGCUGAUAAUGGAGCUAUUCCUCCGAUCGUCUCCAUGCUUCAUGCUCCUCCAGAUUUUAAAUCCCUAGAAUCCGCCAUUUUUGCUCUCAUGAGUCUCGCCUAUGGCAGCGAAAGAAACAAGAUCCGGAUCGCAAAAUCGGGAGCGAUUUCUCUACUUUUAAACCUCGUAAAAUCGCAAAUCCAUCCAUUGAUUGAUCAUGUAAUAGCAGCACUUUUAAUCUUAUCAUCAUGCUCAGCAAACAAGUCAUUAAUGGCUGCCUCCGGUGCCAUUCGAGUCCUAAACGAAUCCCUUCUCGAAAACAAUACCACACAAGCAAAGCUCGAUAUCGUAGUCACUCUCCAUAACCUAUCAACAUGCCAUCAACUCAUUCCCACCAUCGUUUCAUCAUCAACGGUAUCUUCUUUGAUCCAACUCAUAAACGAGUCCGAAAAAUCAUCGAAAUUGGUCGAAAAAUCCAUGGGUUUACUUGACCACAUAGUUUCUUCAUCGGAAAUUGGUUUAAAAGAGAGUGCGAUCGGGAUUCGGGCACUGGUCGAGGCCGUAGAAGAUGGUUCAAAGACUUGCAAAGAGUAUGCAGUCGGAAUAUUGUUGUUGAUAUGCGAAAGUAGUAGGGAAAGAUACCGAGGGAUGAUUUUGCGAGAAGGAGCGAUUCCGGGCCUACUCCAGCUCAGCAUCGAUGGGACCCAUCGAGCGAAAAGGAGCGCGAAAUCGCUGCUUCGACUUUUGAGGGAUUGCAAGAAGGUUUGUAGAAGUGAGAUGUCAAAGAAUGUGGUUUUGGAAGAGGUUAUGGGGGAGAUUGAUAGAGGUGGAACAGAGGUUGGAACGGUGGAGAAGAUGAUUGCUAGGCUUAACAGUAUAUAGAUAUAAUAUUUAUAUACUGCAAAACUCUUGUACUUGUAAAGAUGCUUAAACCUUUGAUAUCUAGAUAGAGUGGGUUCUAUUAGUAAUCCGGAUAUCAUAAGCCAAAGACUCUUUGGUUUAAUACGUGAAUCUUUACGGAGAACACAUUCCAUA